UGGGUGCAGUGGUACUUCUUUUAUAAUUGAUAAUUCAUUUUAUAUAGUCGAAAAAUUAGCACUAUAAAAUGUUGUUUCAUGAACGUUAAUUUCAAAUUUGCAGUAAUAUGAAUAUAUUUAAGCACAUGUUGUUGUUUUAAAACUAUUUAAAAAUAGUUCAAUUAAGUUGUUUCAUUUCAUUUUUCAUUUCAUAACACAUUUGCUUUCACAAGUCAGCCUACAUUAUUUCAUUUGCAUGUAAUGCACAGUUGCAUAUUUAGCUUUAGAGGGAGCAGUAUGAUAUUACCAGAGCCAGAACAUCCUCUUUAACAAUAAGCAAGGUAUAUUGUGGUUAUGUGCUGUCCUAACUGUUUAAACAAUUGUCAGUUGUUUAUGCAACUCUGAUUAGGUUUUAGCAUCAAUUCCAUGAAAAAUAUUCACUUGUGCAUGCAAUAAUCAGCUGUUAGCUGUCCUACAGCAAUGAGCAAUUCUUGUAUUUGCAUAUCCCUCAUUCAAAUAAGCCAUUUGGUUCUGAUGUUUUGUAUAGUAUUGCCUAAGAGGCUGUUAUUGAAAAUGGUCUCUUUAUGUUCUAAAGUAAAAUGCAUGUGUAGAUUGAGGGCUAUAAAUAUUGAAUGACAGUAUUAGUCAUUUCAUUUGAAUAGACAGCUAAGGAAUUUGAAUAGGUAAAUACCUCUUUCCACACAGUUCAUACAUCAUUGAUAAUAUGAGAUAAGUAUGUUUUUUUUCUGACACCGUGGGAAUUGAAAACUUUCAUAAGUCAAACAUUUGGGUUCAAAGUCAAAAGAAACGGACCAAUUGUAUCCCAUUCAGAAAUUAGAUCAAACAGAUAUUUAGUUGUUCUUAAUUUACUUCAUUCCAAAACAGUGUGUAUUUGUAACCUUUCCUAUGUCAUAGUUAUUUCACUCUUAACCCUUGUAGCAGUCACAUGCACUGUUAUUAUGGAAAAUUUGUAGCCAUAGAAACGCCCUGACACGGGGGCAGACUGACGUUUGUAGACUAAAAGCUAGUGUGAGGCAGGUCGUCUGGUGCUGAAUGCUGUUAUUAGUGUACCAUUAAGUUAUCAAAUUGUUAGUGAAGAGGCACUUAUAAAGUAUAGAGCACUGUUUCCACAGCGUUACACUAGGACAAAAAAAGAAAUGAUCCAGCAGUUAAAGGAAAUAUUAAGAAACAUUAAGAAGAAGCCAUGCAAUAAAGCUUAUUUCUAUAAAAAUAACACUAUACCUUGAUAGUAGCCCUACCCACCAUGUCAUGAAAAACAGUAUUAUGUAUUUUUGCAUAAAAACAUGAAAUGCACUUUUUAAGUAAUCUGAUGUAUUUCUGGGUGAAACAGGAUAUUCAUAGAAAGAAAACGUAAGACAAGGCUUGAUUUUAUUUGAAUUAAUUGGAUCAUGAAGUUAGUCGGAGUCAAGUCUUUGGAAAGAAAGCAUUACAAAAUAAGAAGGAUAGACUGUAGUUACUCAAUCGUUUCCUUCACAGACAGAUCUAGUUAUUACAUUUACAUAAAAGUUUACAAAGUCAUUUUUUAUAUGAAAUAACAUGGACUGAUGAAUAAUGAGACCAGGAACAUGCAUUAAGACAGGUCUAAUUUGAUUUUAUGUUGAAUUUAAAGUAAUUUUUGUUUUUUUUCUUUAGCUGAUACAACAGUGGUCAUAUAUUUAUACUGACAUCUAUUGGCGUAAAUGCAGCAUUACACAAAAGCUAAAAUUGCCAUUGUCAUUGCUGUUGUAGAAAAUUCCCAUGCAUAAUUAAUUGUCACCCAAUAUUUAUUUAUUGUUCCCAUUACAUGCAUAUCUGAAAAAAGUGCCUUCUAAAAGUAAAAAACAAAAUUCUUAGCACUGAAAGCCACCCAACAGUUCUCCAGUUAGUGUGAUACCAUAAUCUCCUUAGAUUCCUAAAUCAAUUUACCCAUCACAACAACUCAACGAACUAUUAAAACCUUGAAUGCUCAGCUGAACUCUAAGCAUCCAGCAAGAGUUGAUGCCCUAAUAAUAAUGUUUUCUGAAAUCAUCUCAAAUGGUCUUUCCCAUAAUCAAAUGUCCACCGUAAACAAUUCGUAAACUGUUCUUGACAUCUUCUCGACAAUCACUAAGCAAGUCAUUUUAAAGAGAUAAAGAGGAGGAACAACAUAUUAUUUCUGUCAAAUGUGAUACUGUACAGUCUUUGUUGUGCUCAUGGCAAAAAAUACAGGUUCCUUCUCAGUUUUAGAAAAAUGGGAUUCUGUACCAAAUUCCAACGAACAGUCAUCCGAACACGUUUUUAAAACACCUUCACCCUUUUGGAAUCAGGAAUUAAUAUUCAGAAGACCUAGACAUGUCCGGGAAUCCACACCUGAUAUUGUCACAGAUGCAUUUAACUUAUAUAAUUACAGGUGUGAUUUAGGCUCUGUCACAACUCCUGACAUCUCUUGUGUUAUUGGAGCGAAUCAGAUCCACCCUUCACUGAGUCAGAACCCUACUAGCAGUAGAUAUCUGCCUCCUUCAUCAAAAUUAUUUGUAACUGACCCAAAUACGCUGCAUAGUAUUGGAAGGGGUACUUCAUACUGGAGUUAUUUAACUCCAGAAGUCGGACAUGGACUUGUCAAAGGUUUCAGAAAGCUGCAAAAUCCACAAAUCGACCCAUCAGCUUCAUAUUUCUAUACAGGGGUUGUUAGGGAUGUUCUAAAAAGAGACAUUCCACCUGAAGAAGUCAAAAUGUGCAUGCAAAAGGAGAGACCGAGGUAUUCACAUUGGUACCACAAACCACAAAGUCAAAGAAUCUGCUCCAAAAGAGACAGUGAGAGACAUUGUCUGAAAAACAACCCACUGCUAGGUUCUCUGCUAUAUACAGAUUCUAAUAAAGAACAUUUUAAACAAAACACAAUGUACAACCAUCACCAGCCGCUUGAUUUGAACCGUUCUACUCAUGCUGUGCCUGAAGAAUCAAAGUGGCAAAGUGAAAAGCAAACAAGAGACGAGCUUCCCCUACUGGUCUGGAGAGGAGAUGCAGAAAAGCACAAUUACCAACCAAACACUAACACACCCUCUAAAUCCUCCUCCUCGGCCCUAUGGAUUCUCCGUCGCUUUGUAGAAGGCUCUUUGGUGGAGCUUGAAGGUGGUCGACUGAAGCGGGUGGAGGAUUUAAGGACAGAGGAUUUGGAGCAGUGUGCUCAAUUACAUCCUGAGCUGAUGCUGAAACGUUUCACUGUGUUAAAGAUCACACCUUCACACACACCUGCGCUCUCUUGUUUGCAUGUGAAGAUUGAGCAUGACCACUCACUGUUGUCUCUGGAGGUGAGUGAAGAGCUGCCUUUCUUCGUUUGUGGCCAUGGCUGGUCCUCCUGUAACCCUCAACACACAAGUCAAUCCUGCAGACUACAAUGCCACCAACUAAAGGUGGGUGAUGUGUGCUUGGCACUGACGCAUAUGCCCGCAUCUUCAUCACAACCUGCCAAUCAGGGCCUAACUGAAGUGGGAUGGAGAUCACUUGGUCCCGAAGUGUCAUGCCGAAAAGAAGCCCACACCACAGAUAAAAGAUAGUUCAAGAAAGAGACACUUAACAGCACCUGAGUUCAGGGAAAUUUCUAAGAUACACCCACAUCAAAGAUUGAGCAAAUAAAAGCUGAAUUAUAUAUUGAUGAAUUAUAACAAAAAAGUUUUUUUUUAUUUUAUUUAUUAUUAUAAGAAUUACAUUCCAAAAAUUGUUUUAUUGUACAUAAGUCUGUGUACAUUGUAACUGCCAUCUUUUGCAUAUAUGUAUAUGUACAGAGUAACUGCAAGUGUUACCAAAUCAAUUACACUACCAUUAGUUUGGUGUCACUGAGAUUUAUUGUCACACUUUAUAUGAGGUUUACUUUGUACUACUAUGUGCUUGCAUUCCCAAAAAAAUAAAAUAAAUAAAUAAAUAAAUAAAAAUGUUAGGGACAAUGUACUUAUUGAGUUUAUGUUGUAUUGCAAACGCCUUUGCUGCUAUUGAGGUGCGAUACAGUAAGA